GCCGGCGGGCGCGCGGUAUAAAGAGAGCGCGCGCUUCUCCGCAGCCAGUGCCCGCCGCGCCGCGCCGCCAUGAGCCCGCUCCGCCCCGCACUGCUCGCUGCACUGCUGCUCUUCUGUGUGGCCGCGCUCGUGGCGGCCAAACACAAGAAGGUCAAGCCGAAGAAGUUCGUGUCGCCCUCGACGAAAGGUAUCAAGUGCUACAACUGCCUCUCGUUCGACCACCCCGGCUGCUGGGACCCCGACCACCCCGACUACGCCAACAUUACGAUCCCCAACAUCGACUGCUACAUCCCGGGCAUGGAGUUCCUGUGUAUCGUCAUCACGUCGGAGUCUGCCAAGUUGGUCGAGACGGGGCAGGAGAUCGGGCCGGUGCGCGCGAGGACGUGCGUGCCCGCUAAGGACUUCUCCAAGAAGACGGUCUCGUACUCCAUGUGCAGCAAGCUGAGCAAGGAGCUGUCCGCCUCCGAGAUAUUCUCUCGGAUAGCGGUGACGCGGCCGCACUGCACGCUCUGCAAGAAGCACCUGUGUACGGACGCGGCGCACUGCUAGACGGGUGACGUCACCGGACUACUCUCACGGCCGGUCAUUCCAAUCCGCGUCACAUUCCGAUAUAAACACCUUCGUAUUUAUAAACAUUCACUUGCAUUCACUAAGCUGACACCAGUGCGUGGGACGCGAUGCUCUGUUGCUACUCUGCGCGUUCCUGAGACUUGUUCAAUAUUGUAAAUUCUGUAAGUUCGAAACUAAUCUGUACUGCAGCGAGCCACGUCCCUAGCCAACGGCGGUUCGCGUUCCGCGUCUUAACCAUACCAUUAACUUACUGUAAAUAAAAAUUUCUAGUAA